AUGUUCGCCUCCGUAGCACAUCCGCUCGACUCGACGCAACCUUUCCUCACCGGAGCCAUUGAUGACUCUCAGAUAACGAACAUAAUGUUGGAAAGGAGUGAGGUGGAGAAGCUAUCACCGACGGUUGAGCACGAUGUGUCCGGUCGGGAAACACCCAUGCAGAUGCCCAGUCGCGUGCAGAUAGCACGAGAACAGCAGAGGAGUCCCACAAUAUCUCCUCUGGGGCGUUCGGACAUUGGCCCUGGAUGGAUCGAACGAGAUGAGUCACCGGCUGAUUACCAAAUUCCUGACAGGGUACCGGACAGUCCGUGGCGAGAAAGGUGCCUCCAAGACCCUCGUUGCACAGCCAACCAAUCCGGUAGCUCGUCACAAGGAUCAUCCAGCCCCGACUCGGACAUUGUUCGGGAAGGUGUACAGCAGUUUUGCUUCUUUGACCGGCUACUACAACGGCCGUCCUGGGUCAAUGUUCGGCUGGAUACAGGUGCAGACGACAACUUCAUGUCUUCCCGCGCGGCGCAUCGUCUUGGACACGACCGCCGUCAGUACCUGGGUCAUGAAAUCCGAUUAGGCGAUGGCAGGACAGUAAAGCCAGAGUACGUCGUCUCGGCAGACUGGAGUACCCCGAAGAAAACAACAACUAGCUGGUCUGACAAUUUUGUUGUCCUUGAUUCGUUGCCCUACGAUGUGGUCAUCGGCGUCACUACGAUCAAUCAGAACAAGCUCUAUUAUCCGAAUCCAGAGAUGUUGGACCACCUCGUAUUAAGCAUCGGUAAGUCGGCUGUUGAGAAGCAACACAAACCUAGAACUUCUGUGGACUGGAAAAUGAGCUGA